AUGGCUUUCUUGAUCAAGAAGGAGUUAGGUAUUAUGAUAUAAUUAUUUAUGCUAAAUUAGAUUAAAAAAAUAACAUUUAUGAGAUUAAAUAAAAAUUUUAGCAACAAGCCUAAUGACCAUAGAAUUUCCAGACUAAUUUUUUGA